AAAGUUUAACGUGGUGGUUCCGUGCGUUUUCUUGGUACUAAGACAACUCUAGAGAGCGACAAGAACGGGCAAAGAACGUUAAGAGAAGCAAGAAGCUGACUGUGGCCGCCGAGGUGAAAGUGGCAAGAACGGCCGUAAACGUAGCCAGCCAAGUCAGCCAGAUAAACGGCCAGCAACACAAAAUAGAGUACAACCAACAGUUGCCAAGCACACAUACUAAAGUGUAGGGGCGAAGCUGUCAAACAGUUUAACCCACAGCUUUUAAAGUUAAGGAGCAACAGCUGUUGCUUACCUUACACACAUACACAAACACAAACACACUCACAUUGCACUCACCGCACACACAUAGAAGAUGCCACACAUACAAUUACAGAGAUGGCUGUACACCUGUCUAUUGGUGAGUGCGCUGCCCACCUUGUGCCUGGGCCUCCUCGAGGGUCUCUACUGUGGCAAGGAGAACUGCUACGAUGUGCUUGGAGUAACGCGCGAGUCAUCAAAAUCGGAAAUCGGCAAAGCCUAUCGGUUGCUGGCACGCAAGCACCAUCCGGAUUUGCAUCGCGGCGAGGAGGCAAAAGCCUUGGCCGAGGAGAAAUUCAAGCUGCUGGCGACAGCUUAUGAGAUAUUGCGAGAUGAGGAGUCACGCACCGAUUACGAUUACAUGCUUGAUAAUCCCGAUGCAUACUAUGCACAUUAUUAUCGCUAUUAUCGACGACGCGUGGCGCCCAAAGUCGAUGUUCGAGUGGUGAUCGUCGUCACCUUGACCAUCAUCUCGGUGAUCCAAUACUACUCGGGUUGGCAGCGUUACGAUGCGGCCAUUAAGUAUUUUGCCACCGUGCCCAAGUACCGCAAUAAGGCGCUGGAUAUCGCACGCGAUGAGAUACAGGCAAUGAGCAGUAAGGACCGGAAGUCGAAGAAUCGCAAGAAUCUUACAAAGACAAAGCAAAAAGAGGAACUGGAGCGCAUCAUACGCAAGGUGAUCGAGGAGAAGAUGGAUGUGCAAGGCGGCUAUGCGAAGCCCACGUUGUGGGAUGUGCUCUGGGUGCAGUUGAUCAUCAGUCCCUACACGCUCUUCAAUUGGUUGGUGUGGCAUGCUCAAUGGUUGUGGCGCUUUACGAUCCUCAAGCAGGAAUACGGCAGGGAGCAGCAAUUGUAUUUGAUACGUCGGUACAUGGGCAUGGGACAGCAUCAGUUCAAUUCCCUGGAAGAGCGACAGAUUGAGGAGUAUCUGGAGCUGGAGCUGUGGCAGCGUGAAAAUUUCGAAGCGUGGAAGGCCGAGCAAGAUGAGGAGAUGAAAAAGAAACUGGCGGAGAAUCCACGAUACAAAGCUUACCGCCGCUACAUGAAGAACCAUGGACCCGGACGCAUUACGUUCGAGGACUAAACCCACAAUACGAAUCCAAUACAAUCCAAACCCAAUUCAAUCGAUCGAUCGAUAUAUGAUGUUGCAAGUUUUAUUGUUCCAUCUCCUCCCAAAAAAGAAAAAUUGAUGAAUGGCCCGUAGUCGUAAUUUAUUAUUUCAUCUCCCUCAAAAAGAAAAAUUUCUUCUGUUUUAUAUACACACACACAUUUUUUUUUAUGGCAAUAGUGUAAAAAUAAAUUUAUGUUAAUAA